UUUUCCUUGUUAAAUCAUCUUCAUACUCUACCUCUUAUUGCUAAAAUCCUUCAUACACCUUUGUUUUUCUUGUUAAAUCAUCUUCAUACUCUACUUCUUGGUGCUAAAAUCCUCCAUAGACAUUUGUUUUGCUUGUUAAUCAUCUUCAUACUUUACCAGGUACCUCUUGUUGCUAAAAUCUUUCACAGCAAAACUUCAAUUUCAUUCUAGAAAAUGAAGAAAAUUGUGUUGAAAACAGAAAUGAAUAGUGAGAAAUGCAAGAGAAAGGUGUUGCAAACUAUUGCUGGGAUCCAAGGGGUUGACUCUGUAAGUGUGGAUUUAAAGGAGAAAAGGAUAACUGUGAUAGGAGAUGCAGACCCUGUGAUGUUAACAAAUAAGCUAAGAAAGUGCAGAUUUACAGAACUGGUUAGUGUGAGUGCAUUCAGAGAAGAGCAAUUGAGAUAUUCUGAUGAGAUGGAUGGGAGUCAUGCGUAUAGUCCUCAUCAUAGAAGCCCUUAUUCAAAUUCAUAUACACCACCAGGAGGAUUUUAUGCUCUCACUGAUGGAGAUCAUUAUUCUUACUGAUUGACUGUUUUGUGCAGAGUACAUAUUGUAUAGAACAGCAGGAUUUGUGUUAUUGGGUUAAGGAAAGAAAACCCAAUUCAUGAGCUUGCUCUUUGGAGUGAAGUUUUUAUGUUUUACUCCGACCUCCUUCUUUUAGUGAUCCAUGGCUGGAGCAGACCAGCUUAGAAUUGAGUUUCUAUGUCAAAUGUUCAUGCUGUUGUAAAUAUUCAAAAUCUUUU